AUGGGUUCCACCGAAAACGACCCCAUCGCGCAGUCGAUGGCCGAUACCAAAGCCGAGUACAGACGCCUUGGGAAUAGCGGGCUGAGAGUGUCGGUGCCCAUCCUCGGAGCAAUGAGUUUCGGAUCGACUCAAUGGGCGCCCUGGGUGAUUGAAGAAGACAAAGCCCUUCCUCUGCUCAAAGCUGCUUACGAUCGUGGCUUGAACACAUGGGAUACUGCGAAUAUCUACUCCAACGGCGUGAGCGAGGAAAUCAUCGGCAAAGCGAUCAAGAAGUACGACCUGCCGCGCGAGAAGCUCGUCAUCCUCUCCAAAUGCUACGGAUACGUAGGAGAGGGCCCGGGAGUGCGCACCAUGGCCCACGGCCCCAAGAUCGCCGAGUCCAAAGACUACGUGAACAAAGGCGGUCUUUCUCGCGGCGCCAUCUUUUCCGCGGUCAAUGCCUCGCUCAAACGGAUGGAUAUUGAGUAUAUGGAUUUGCUGCAGAUUCACAGAUUCGAUCACGAGACGCCCAUCGAGGAGACCAUGGAGGCUCUGCAUGAGCUGGUCAAGUCAGGCAAAGUGCGCUACAUCGGAGCGAGUUCGAUGUGGGCGCAUCAGUUCGUGAUGAUGCAGUCUGUCGCGGAGAAGAAUGGGUGGACGAAGUUUAUCUCCAUGCAGAACCAUUACAACCUGCUGUACCGUGAGGAGGAUCGCGAAAUGAACCCCUACUGCAAACUCACCGGCGUCGGUCUGAUCCCCUGGGCCCCUCUGUGCCGCGGUCUGCUCGCUCGCCCGUUCAAAGACAAGGGAACCACUGUGCGCUCCAGCGGGAGCCAAAUGUUCGCCACCGGCGAGACGAAAGCGGACGAAGAAGCGAUCAGCCGAGUAGAGGAACUGGCCAACAAAAAGGGAUGGAAAAUGUCGCACGUCGCCUUGGCCUGGACCAACAAGCGAGUCACGAGUCCGAUUAUCGGCUUCAGCAGCGUGGAGCGAAUGGACGAGGCGCUCGACGCUCGUGGCAAAAUGCUUACGGAAGAGGAAGAGAAGUAUUUGGAGGAGCCGUAUGUGGACCGGGCUGUGCAGGGCCACAAAUAA